AUGAGUGCAGCUGCAGGAUUUAUUAUAUUUCGACAAGUCGAACAAAAUUCAAUUGAAUAUUUAUUAUUACAAACUUCUUAUGGUGAACAUCAUUGGACACCACCAAAAGGUCAUUUGGAUAAUGAUGAGUCUCCGUUAGAAGCAGCUGAACGUGAAACAAGAGAAGAAGCUGGUUUAGAUAAAAAUGAUUUUGAAUAUUGUGAUAAAUUCGAAGAAAAAAUAACCUAUAAUGUUAAUGGAAAACCAAAAGAUGUUUAUUAUUAUUUAGCACGUCUUAAAAAUGCUCAACAAAAAAUAAAUCUCUCUGAUGAACAUCAAGAUUUAAAGUGGUCAAAUUUACAUGAUGCAUGUAAUUUAGUUAAACAUGAAAAUUUACAAAAUAUACUUCGAAAAGCUGAAGAAUUUAUUAAAAAAUGA